AUUUUCGUGACAAAACCACUUGCGCCAGCUGGGAAACCUCACCUCUUCCUCAUCUCUUCCCCUGGUCUUUGAGUCCAGAGCAGAUUCCAAAAUGGGUAUUAAACAGCUGUUCUCGGUCAUUUCCGAGAACGCCUCAGAUGCCGUCAAGGCAGGGGAUAUCAAAAAUCACUUCGGACGAAAGGUCGCCAUCGAUGCUUCCAUGAGUAUCUACAGCUUCCUAAUUGCCGUUCGUUCCGAAGGUCAACAGCUCAUGAGCGACACCGGCGAGACAACGUCGCAUUUGAUGGGCAUGUUCUACCGUACACUGCGCAUGGUCGACAAUGGUAUCAAACCUCUGUAUGUGUUUGAUGGAGCUCCGCCAAAACUCAAGUCUGGCGAGUUAGCCAAGCGUUUUGCUCGGAAGAGCGAGGCGACCGAGGCUCACGAGGAGGCCAAGGAGACCGGUACGGCGGAAGACAUCGAGAAGUUCUCGCGACGGACAGUACGGGUCACCAGGGAGCACAAUGCAGAAUGUAAAAAGCUUCUGAAGCUGAUGGGCAUUCCGUACAUCGACGCUCCCACCGAAGCAGAGGCGCAGUGCGCAGUGCUCGCACGCGCUGGAAAGGUUUACGCGGCUGCUUCGGAGGAUAUGGACACACUGUGCUUUGAAACACCCAUUCUUCUGCGACAUCUUACGUUCAGCGAGCAGAGAAAGGAGCCUAUCCAGGAGAUUCAUCUUAACCGCGCGCUGGAGGGGCUUGGUAUGGACCGCAAGCAGUUCAUUGAUCUCUGCAUUUUGCUGGGCUGCGACUACUUGGAACCGAUCCCCAAGGUCGGACCGAACACGGCGCUGAAGCUGAUCCGCGACCACGGAAGUCUGGAGAAGGUGAUCGAAUUCAUGGAGAAUGAUCCGAAGAAGAAGUUUGUUAUCCCGGAAGACUGGCCAUACCAAGAUGCCCGGGAACUCUUCCUCAACCCGGACGUGAGGGAUGCCAACGACCCCGAGUGCGACUUCAAAUGGGAAGCGCCCGACGUGCCAGGUCUGAUAGAUUUCCUGGUCAAGGACAAAGGCUUCAAUGAAGACCGCGUUAAGAAUGGAGCUGCUCGCUUGCAGAAAAACCUGAAGUCCGCUCAACAAUCCCGCUUGGAGGGCUUCUUCAAGCCGGUGGCCAAGACGGAUGCAGAGAAGGCGACUCUGAAGCGCAAGCAUGAUGAGAAGCUACAGGAGCAGAAGAAGCGGAAGAAGGAGGAGGCCAAGGCCAAGAAAGAGGCCAAGUCGCGGCCUCGCGGUGCCGGUUAGGAACCUACACAUCGAUUGGGGAAAACAGGGCGAAAUGAACAAAAGAAAAUCCAGCUAGAUAAUAUGAUUGAUCGACACGGGUGCCGAAUGUCGGUGUAUGGGGGGCCGGAUAGUUCUCAUGAUUCUUGGCGGCGUUUCUGGUUUGGCUUAUAUGCAGUACGGCGAGGCGUUUCAGCGGCGGGAUGUACGAAUCAAGUAUGCCACGUACUUACGACGUGGAGGUUUCUUUUGGUUGUCCUGAGGGAUGAAAUGCAUAUGUAGAUAAGGCAGAUGACAAUACACUCUGCAGAAC